AUGAUCCACAUAUCCAAUUUCGUGGAAAUAAUAUGCAGAAUUUUGGGCAUUAUACAAUAUGGGUCGCUAGCAGACAAAGUAAAUAGAUUGAAAUCGGUUGCAGCUAUUUGUAUACCGUUACCAGUUUUAAUUUUUUAUCUGUACACCAUCGUUAUUUGCCUUCAAAGCAACGAGAGACUGGAAUAUUCCCACGUACUGGUGCUAUUCUCAAAUUGGGCCAACUUUAUUGUCAAAUACGUUUGGUAUUUGAUAAAAAGAAAUGGUAUAAAGAAAUUUCUUUUGGACAUGAAUGAGUUUGAUAUAAAUUCACACAAAAUAUUGGGAAAUGUUGACGGGUACAAAAACGUUAUAUAUCUAUUUUUGGCAUUCUACUUGUACUCCCUGACAACUGAAAUAAUAUUUUCAGAGGUAUUAAUCAACUCAUGGAACUUCGCAAUACCAUAUGCCUCCAACAUUUUUGAGUUUUUGCUGCACUAUGCCAUACUGUGCGACGUCCAACCCAAGUUCAAAAUCAUAAACCAGAAAUUCAAAAAAUUUAAAUUGGAAAUCGAAAUGAAAACAGCCAGUCCAACAACCGCAAAACUUGACCAAAUUAAUAAUAUGGAACAUAUUUCAAUAACGCACUGUGAACUGUCCAAACUUGUUAUGGACGCAAAUGAAUUGUUAACUCUUCCGUUUCUGUUAAUAUUUUCGUCGUAUUUGGCGAUGUUGAUUGACACCACUUAUAUGUUGGUGAAAUUCUUUUCAAGAAAACAGAUCGUUGUGGGAUUUUUUUUGAAAUCUACCAACUGGAUGAUUUUUGCCACUGUUAAUUUAAUAUUGGAGAUACAUAUUUGGAAUAGGAUUGCUGUUGAGGCAAAUAAGACUUCAAUAUACAUUCAUACAAUAUGGAAUACAUAUGCUAAAAGGAAAAUGGUAGACAUUAAUGUGAACCAUUUAAAAUUGAUUUCUACUAGAUUAUUGAAUACUAAGUUAAAUCUAACGGCUUUGGGCUUCUUCAAAAUUGACUGGGCACUACUUCAUACGAUUGCUGCAACACUUACUACUUACUUAAUAAUCUUAAUACAAUUAGGUCUUUAGUGUGGUUUUCUAAAACCAAUACUGUAAAAUAAAAUUACAUGGGAAUUGAACUCUUUUAAGCCACCAGUAAGG